GUAAACGUCCUCCACAUCCUCACUCAUUCUCUCUUCUCCAAACCUCUUCCACAUCCUCACUCAUUCUCUCUCUUCUCCAUAUCCUCAUCACAUGGACAUGCUUUGGGUAACUUUGGUAGUGCCUGUACUACUCACAGGCAUUUGGAAACUCUUCCAAAAUCUUGCAUGGAGGCCUUAUGCCCUGACAAGGUAUUUUGAGAAACAAGGUAUAACAGGCCCACCUUACACUUUCAUAUCAGGCUCUCUUGAAGAAAUCAAGGGCCUAAUGAAGCUUGCAAGCGAGACAGUUCUGGACACUCACUCGCAUGACAUCAUCCCACGGAUCAUGCCUCACUACUACAAAUGGUUCUCACUGCAUGGAGAAAUGUUCUUGUAUUGGUUUGGGAGCCGGCCUCGCCUGUUCAUAAUGGAGCCAGAGCUAGCCAAGGAAGUAUUGUCAAAGAAGUCCGAUUUCUACCCCAAGCCCAAGAUUAACCCCUUCUUAGCUGCUGUUAUGGGCAAGGGUCUGGGUGUGGUUGAAGGUGAUGAUUGGGUUAGGCAUCGGAAGAUUGUCGGCCCAGCUUUUCAUGUGGAGAAGCUCAAGGUGAUGACAAAGACAAUGGCAUCAUGUGCACUAUCCAUGCUUGAUAAGUGGCAAGAGCAGGCGAUUCAAACCAAGGAGAAGUAUAAAGAAAUAGAAAUUAGUGAAGAAUUAGAACAGCUUACUGCAGAUAUAAUUUCCCAAACUGCUUUCGGAAGUAGUUUCAAGGAAGGGAAAGAAGUCUUUGAAGUUCAAAAGGAGCUUUUACAACGGGGGGCAGCUUCCAGUACCAAUAUCAUAAUCCCUGGCAGCGAAUAUAUUCCUACUAGGUGGAACAUUCAAACAUGGAAACUCAACAGAAGAGCGAAGAAUACUCUUAAGCGCAUCAUAGAGAGUAAACUGAAUUCAGAGGGCGAAAGAUUCUCAGAUUCCAGGUAUGGGGAUGACCUACUGGGAUUGAUGUUGGGAACGAUGAUGGCCGAAUCCAGUAGAAAUCAAGGUAUUCGGCUUGACAUGGAUGAGAUAAUAGAUGAGUGCAAGACAUUCUUCUUCGCGGGCCACGACACAACUUCUCAUUCACUAACUUGGACUAUGUUUGCGUUAAGCUUACAUAGUGAGUGGCAGGAAAGACUCAGAGAAGAAGUGUUGAGGGAAUGUGGGAUGGAAAUCCCAGAUGCCGACAAGCUCGGCAAACUGAAAUUGGUGAACAUGGUAGUUCUAGAAACGUUGAGGCUGUAUCCCCCAGCAAUCUUAUUGACGAGAAUGGCUUCUAGAGAUAUGAAGUUGGGGGAUAUUUCGAUCCCGAAGGACACCGAAUUAUCAAUUUCACUGGCAAUGAUUCACAGGAACAAGAAGUACUGGGGCGAGGAUGCAAACGAGUUCAAACCGUUGAGAUUUGUAGAUGGGAUUGCAAGGGCAGCGAAGCAUCCGAAUGCUCUAUUGGCAUUCUCAAUAGGCCCAAGAGUAUGCAUUGGCCAGAACUUUGCAAUGAUGGAAGUGAAGACGGUAAUUGCCAUGAUCCUUCAGAGGUUUACUUUCACCCUCUCUCCUCAAUAUAAGCAUGCGCCGAUGGAUAAAAUUACUCUGCAGCCACAGUUUGGACUUCCUAUCCUCCUUCAACCUCUUCAUGGUUAAAAGAGAAACAAAUGUUUAUGAGAGUAUUAUGUAAUCUCCAAUCAAUAAGGCGGGCUACCCAUCGUGUUAAUGAUUUUUAUUACAGUAUUUGGUAUAUGUAUGAAUUUCCAUAUAUUUGAGUCUAAGAGUGCAUAUUUAUGUAGUAGUCAUGUGGAGAACCAUUUUCU